CAUAAAGCUAUUCGCUACAAAGUAGUUGGGGCGCCCAAAAAUCUGUUUGACACAGCUGCUCAGAAAGUUACCGUUGUUUCGACGAAACCGACUGCUGAAAGUGCGGACACAGAGACUAAGAACAAAGAAAAUACAGACAGUGUGAGCUCAGAUGAAGAUAUUCCCUCAACAUCAAGAGAAGAAGUACAAUCAUUCGUGAGUGAUGCGCGUGACCCAGAAUUAGAAAUAUCCAUAGAAAAACGAGGUUGGAAUAAAAUCGAAAAUGAACCGGAUCAAACCAUCCAAAUUUCUGUCUUUAACGUUUUGGACUUUGUAGAAUUUUGGAAGAAAUGUAGGCAUAGUGUAAAUCCUUGUAAUUUUAUUAGGAUGAUGGACCUGAACAGUCAAUAACAGAAGACCAUGAAUUUUCGCGGGCAUGUUGGGAGAAAUUCUGGAUGUGCUAAAAGAGGGCCAAGAUUUGCACCAAUCGUUCGUGUCAGAAGAUUAUAGCCAAGAUGUAUUUAUUUCAACUAUUGAGAAGUUUGUGUCAGAUUUGAAAGAAAAAUGUCACUUGUUAUUGUCAUCAUCAAAAGAAUCUUUAACUUGUGAAGAAAACGUUCUGAAGCAAAUGUCGGAAAAAUCAGUUGAAGAGGAGUCUUCUAUUGUGACAAACUAUCCAGCAGAACGUAUUGGGGUAAAGCUGAAUGAGUCACAAAAUAAUUUUCUAAUAAAUUGUGUCAAUCAUUAUUAACCUUGACCACAACAGAGCCUUUUCCGACCAAAUUGCAGUUUUUCCGACCAAAUGCUGAAAUGAUCGGAAAUUUCGUCCGGACAAAUGUUGAAAAAAAUUAUAAUCUUUUUUUUUAUCGGGUCGGCGCUCAGCACAGUGAGUGCAGUAUCUAUAGUCUUAGAUUAUCUAUACUAGUCUUAUAUAGAGUAAUCAACUGGAAAGUUAUCAAAGUUUCUUCGAUCAGAGUAUGCUUUAAACAAAGUUUAGUUAACUUAAAUGUGUGACAGUGCAUGAGUUACGAGUCAGAGUGACUGCUUUCAUUGUUGUUAAUUUGACGACCUGGAAGAUAAAGGAUGCGUUUCCUCAACGUUUCGAGCAAAAGCCCUUCAUCAGGACAGUUAAAUAGGCUGUUUAUUACAAGUAGAGUGAUUUACUGCAUGCUUGACAGAAUUUACUCAACGGAGAGGAUCAAACUAAACUAAAAAAUUUCCAACCAAAUUUGAAAAUUUCCGGUCAAAUUUCAUUUUGCAUUAAAUUAUUUCAGGCUCUGCGCACCUUUCGAUUGCCGGCAAUUGCUGUCCAAAAUCAUGUUGUUUGAAAUUUCAGCAGUGGUUGCGGAUGGCAUUGCGUUGCCGUCACCAUGGAUAGUUGAAAGGAGUCUUUUAACUAUCCAUGCUGCCACAGACCAUGAUGCACAAGUAAUGUUUCUCUCGCGACAGCAAUGCAACGAUUUUAUCAAAAUUGCAUUGCUGUCGCAAGAUAAAUAUUGCUCGUGUAUCCGUCUUCUAUACGUGUAUCCGUAUCUAGUCAGUUUAAAUUUUUAUAUAUCUAAUAAUUGCUAUCAUAUUGUCUUAAAAAACUGUAUUGAGCCACCUUUUAAGCCAAUGUGACGGUUUAAUUAAAUGCCCAUACUGAGGUCUUAUAUAGUUAUCUUAAUUAGUAUUCUUAUUUUUUUCAGACAAGCGUGCAUAUGCCGGAUACAAAUAUUGAAUGUGCAAACAGGUAUGUUUAUUUAGGAUAUACGAAUCCCAUUCCUUCUCAUUCGUUUUCAUAACUUUCAGAUGAAAAUCAUACUAUGCAAUCCCACAUGUGGUGAGCUGUAGAAAUUUUCAAAUACACUUAUUCCAACUUUCUACAUCCCAAUAGAGAAAGUCCAGGGAAGAAGAAGAGGGCAUGGUUUAUUUGCGAAAACAAGAGGAGAAAGAAAGAAAUCAUUUGAAAUGUAUAUAAAUUAUAUAUAUAGGAAACAAAUAUUUUCACCUGAAAUGUUUAAAUAUGCAAAGUGUGCCCACAGAAAGUCCAUGGUAAGUAAGUAUAUAUUGGAGUUUCUACAGUAAAAAUGUCAUCAUACAUGCAACUUGCUGAAUAAUCUUGUCUGCCAAUAAGUGAAGCAAAAACCUGGCCAAGGUUAAGUUAUACGCUUUCACGUGCAGUGCAAACAUGGUUUAGGGAAGAAAUCAAGACAAUUUGUCCUAAAGUAUAAUAGCGGUCUAUGCUGAGAAUGUUUCCCAAUAGCAAACUCUGUGCAGUUAGCGGCGCUCUACCAAAUUCUCAAAUUUAUUUGGUUUAAAUUAAGUAUAAAAACGGGUUUUGCAACAAGCGUUUAUACUUUCCAUACCAGGUACUGUCCUACCUGCAAAGUCAAGUUAACUCAGUCUUCUUGAACAAGACCGUGCGGUUAAUGUUUAAUGAAGUGAAAGAGACUUUAAAAUUUGUUGUGUGCCAACGACAGUGUAACUAAGUACUUUGCGCAAUAGUCUUACAUCUAGCUUCGAAAUAGUGGGCCUUAUAUUUAAGAAAAUAUCGGGCAAAAAAUAAUUGUUAGCUUUUAUUAAGCAAGCAUUUCAUUUAAACAACCAUAGACAAUGUUGCAACAUUGCGACCAAUCGCAACAACUGAACUGAUUUCGCAUUUUUUAGUAAAAAAUGUACUGCAUGCAUGGUUAUAUUUUUUCAGUCAGUAAAGUAGAUUGUGGCCCAAGCGAAGCUAUGCGAGCAUUUUAAUAUGGCUCGGUAUUCGAAUUUGGAUAUUGCAAAUUGCAGCAAAAGUGCAUGUAUAUAUAUGUUUCAACAUGCAUGUCCUUUUGUGUUGUUAGUCUGCGUUGGUCUGUAAUUUGUGUAUUUCCUUAUAUUCAUCAAUAUUAUAUACAGUAUAUACAAUAUUUGUUUCCGUAUUAGUAUUUUCUUCAAAGUGCAUUUUAAUCCAAAGUGGUGCACAGCCAAAUAAAACAUUAGCUAAUGAAUCAGAGGCAUAACGAUACCACCGUAGCGAGCAGACGUGUUUUAGAUCACUCCUCAAAUAUGUAAUUCAGGGCAGUUGUUCAGUCAAUGCCAGUAUUAAACUAAAGUUUAAAUAAUUUCGAAAGCACAUUGUUGUUUGUAUAAACUGGUGGUCUAACUAAAACGUUUGAAGAACGGAAAUGUUGCUUGUUGGUGUAAAAACCAGGUCUAAUAAUACUCAAGCAGAUAUUCAAGAGGUUGUGCAAUCCGAAAUAUCAAAAUAUCUGAUGUCCUCGGACUUCAAGGAGUUAUUGAGAGAUUCGUUUAAAGAAGCUUUAUCGGGCAUGAUUGCACAAGUGGUGAAACCAUUUGAAGAGAAAAUAAUAAAACUCAAGGAAAAAGUGCUUCAACUUGAGGAGAAAUGCAACGAAAAUGAGCAAUACUCACGCCGGUACAACGUUCGUAUUUACGGGGUGAAUAACUCAACAUCGGCUGAUAGUUAUGGGUAUGACACAAAGGAAGAUUGCUUUAAAACUGUGAUCGAGUUUUGUAGAAAUUAACUCGGCAUUGAAGUCAAGCACGAGGAAAUCGAUCGAGCUCAUCGCGUGGGCAAACCCAACAGAGAUGGCGCGAGGGCGUUAAUAGUUAAAUUUAAGAGCUAUGAGUCCAAACGCAAAGUAAUGAUAAACAAACGGAAAUUAAAGGGGAGGAAGCUUUACGUGAACGAAGAUUUAACUUGGAUGAAUCAGCAGCUGCUGAAACGAGUCCGUGAUGCUAUUGCAGGGAAGGCUUAUGUGUUUACUGCUGAUGGUUAUAUUUUGGUCAAGGUUAAACCCGACUGCCCACCAGUCAGAAUUCGCAGAGACUCCGACUUAUUGAGAUAUGACUUCGAAUAA